CGUGGUGGUCAUCGGUGCGGGUGUAUACCGCGGUGCUAUGUGGCGGCGAUUCGUGCGUCUCAACUCGGAAAGAAGGUCGCCGUCGUUGAGAAGCAGCAGUCGCUCGGAGGUACCUGCCUGAUCUGGGGCUGUAUCCCAACCAAGGCGUUACUCGAGCACGCGCACGCCUUCCAGAUGUUUCAGCACGCGAGCGACUGGGGCGUUGCCUUGCCGUACGGCGCUCCGGCCCUUGACAUGCGGCUGGUACACGAGCGUAAAGACAAAAUUGUCACUAGCCUGACCAAGGGCAUCGACUUCCUCUUCAAGAAGCACAAAAUCGAUCGGAUCACGGGCACGGCGCGGCUCGUUGGCAACAGCCGGGUUGACGUAUUCGAAGGCGAGACGCAGGCGCUCGAAGCCAUGGACAUCAUCGUCGCCACGGGGUCGUCACCACGGGCACUGCCCGGUAUUGAGAUCGAUCACGCUCGGAUUGUGACGAGCGAUGAUGCGAUACACCUCGCAGAGGUUCCCAAGUCGCUGGUCGUCCUAGGAGCCGGAGCCGUUGGCGUUGAGUUCGCCUCCAUCUACCGUCGGUUCGGGAGCGAAGUGACGAUCGUGGAGUUGCUACCGCGCCUGGUGCCGGGGGAAGACGAUGCGGUGUCGGCCGAGCUCGAGAAAUCGUUCAAGAAACAGGGCAUUCGAUCGCUCACCGGCUCGAAAGUGGUUAGCGUCACGUCGGACGCCAAGGGUGUGAGGGUAAAGGUGAAAGGGCCCGAAGGCAAGAGCCAAAGCUUCGUGGUUGAUGUGCUUCUCGUAGCGACAGGCCGAAGUCCUGUCACGGCCGGCCUUGGGGCCGAGGCGCUGGGCGUCCAGAUGGACAACGGAUACAUCCGGGUCGAUGCGAUGUAUCGCACGUCGGUGCCGAACAUCUCGGCCAUCGGCGACGUGAUCGCGCUCGAAGAACGCGCGCACCCUCAACUGGCUCACGUGUCGUCUGCCGAAGGCGUGCUGGUGGCCGAGCGACUGGCUGGACAGGAGAUUCACCCGCUCAAUUACGACCAUGUGCCGAGUUGCACCUACUGUGACCCGGAGAUCGGGAGCGUGGGCCUGACUGAGGCGGAGGCCACGCGCCGUGGUUUCGAUGUGCGUGUCGGCGCGUUCCCGGUCGGCGUGCUUGGGCGUGCCAAGAUGGCGGGUGAGACGGCGGGCUUCGUGAAGAUCGUGGCCGAGAAGCGGUACGAUGAGGUGCUUGGCGUUCACAUGAUCGGCCCACGAUCCACGGAACUCGUCGGAGAAGCAGCGCUCGCGUUGCGGCUCGAAUGCACCGUCGAGGAGCUGAUGAAGACGAUCCACGCGCACCCGACCUUUUCGGAGGCCGUUGGCGAGGCCGCCCACGCGGUCCAUGGUGCCGCCAUUCACGUGUAG